CAUAUCUAUAAACCCUACGCUCCUCCGGCUCCUGCCGUCAGUUCUCCGACUAAAAAAGCUAACUUUUUCCCUCCCGGAGUUAUACAUAGAGGGGACAGUCUCACUACUUCACUUCUCUACUGGUUUAAACGAUCCUUAAGAUUCUGGAAGUGUGUAUCUAAGCACAAUGUCUAUCACAUCAUCACUUACUUCAACUACACUUUGCGGAGCCUCAGUUUUUCCUAAGGCUUUAGCUCGUAGCAUUGAGUUCCCAAGAAACCAUCUCUCGACGCCUUUCGAAAGCUCAAAGAUUUGUUUGACUACAUAUCCCAAGAAAAAUGCUACUUGGAAUCUGACCAGAAACAUUGUUCCGAUCCAAGGAACCAGGUGUCACGCUAUCCAAGUUGAGACGAAGGAGUCGUUUACCCCUGGGAAGAAGUUUCAACUUAGUGAUGUGAUUGAAGGGCAACAGUUUGACAGGGAGAUGCUAAGUGCUAUCUUCGACGUUGCACGAGAAAUGGAGAAGAUAGAGAAGAGCUCUUCUCAGAGUGAAUUACUCAAGGGCUAUCUAAUGGCUACCCUCUUUUACGAGCCUUCCACACGUACCAGGCUCUCUUUCGAAUCCGCCAUGAAACGUUUGGGAGGAGAAGUCUUGACCACUGAGAACGCUAGAGAGUUUUCAUCUGCUGCUAAAGGGGAAACACUUGAAGACACCAUAAGAACGGUGGAGGGUUAUUCAGAUAUAAUAGUGAUGCGACAUUUUGAAAGCGGUGCUGCUAAAAGAGCCGCAGCUACUGCAAAUAUACCUGUUAUUAAUGCAGGUGAUGGUCCUGGAGAGCAUCCCACUCAGGCACUCUUGGAUAUCUAUACCAUCCAAAGCGAAAUUGGAAAACUAGAUGACAUCAGUGUAGCUCUGGUUGGAGAUCUUGCCAAUGGAAGGACUGUCCGGUCCCUUGCUUACUUGCUUGCCAAAUUUAAAGACGUGAAGAUCUACUUUGUCUCACCUGAAAUUGUUAAGAUGAAGGAUGAUAUAAAAGAUUAUUUGACAUCAAAUGGGGUGGAAUGGGAAGAAAGUUCAGAUUUAAUGGAGGUAGCAUCAAAGUGUGACGUAGUUUACCAAACCCGAAUCCAGAGAGAGCGGUUUGGAGAAAGGCUUGACCUCUACGAGGCAGCUCGCGGGAAGUAUAUCGUAGACAAGGCACUGUUAGGAGUGAUGCAGAAAAAUGCUGUUAUCAUGCAUCCUUUACCGAGAUUGGAUGAAAUCACUCCAGGUGUGGACACUGAUCCAAGGGCUGCCUACUUCAGACAAGCAAAGAACGGUUUGUUCAUAAGAAUGGCUCUUCUGAAGCUACUACUUGUCGGUUGGUAAAUAUAAGAUGGUCUAAAAGUAAAAGUUCCUUCAGCGAACUGAAUCUCAAGCUUGUGACACAAGAGGCGUAUCGUAUCGUCAGUGCAAGGACCCAGCAAUAAAUAAAAUCUGAAACUGGAGUGUGUUUGUGUGCUUAGCAGAUGUUACUUCAAAGAACAUAAUGGUGGUUGGUUUGUUGAUCUUAACAUUGCGUUAAUCGACCUAUCUGGGGAAGAGUUAUCGAACUUUUUGAAUAAAUUGAUUCUGAGCAUUUUUUU